AUGGCAUCUCUUUCUCUUCCGGUUGAGCGAAAGCUGUUCAAUCCACUAUGGUGGAGAGAGAUGCUCUUCCAGUGGCAGAGCCAGUCUCACAAGAUCUCCUCCGCCUCCGAUGUCGAUGCCGGUACUCCAGAGUCCAAAGUUGUUGAAGUUCAUCAAGUCAACGCACCAUCGAAGGCUUCCUCGGCUUAUGACUUCGCCAAGGUCCCUAAGGAUGGGGUCACCAUCACCGUUACUGAACUUGAAUCUGAAGACGACCUCGAAGUUGAAGAAGACCGAGCGGUCACUAUCAUCAGUGAGCCAGAGCCAACCGACUGGGACAAACUCGCCAGCGACAUCCUAGAUGUUAUUGGGGACUAUGGUCUUCAUACCCAACCUAAAGAUGUGGACGGACCGGUCACCGGUUGGGCUGGCAAGUCGUUCUUCAUGGACAGAGUAAGGACACAGGUCGCAAAGGGACAUGCUAUUGAGAUGAUCCUCCCUGCCUUUCCUUGGAAAAGUAUCAACCAAGUGGACAAAGUUACCGGUGUUCUCCCUGACUUGGGUGAGGAGCUGGCACUGUCUCGUCUCCACCAGCUGUGCGAGGAUAUUAAGGUGGUUUACCCACCUGGAGGCGAGGUUCAUAUUGCUACAGAUGGGUUGUUGUUCGACGACGUGGUUGGAAUCUCCGACGAUAACACCUGGGCCUAUGGCGACGGCCUCGUCCAAAUGGCCAAGUCCAAGGGUUAUGACAAAUCGAUCAAACUUUUCCGAGUCAUGGACAUUCUCGGCUACACAGCCGACACACCCCUUAACAAAGAAUCCUACCUCUCGCUCGCCCAAAAAUGCCGCAAUGAGAUCCUCGAGAAAUAUGGCCGUACCGAAGAAGAAGUCCGUGAAAUGAUGCGUGAUGACCCAGAUACCCUCCUCACUUACUGCGGCUUUAUCCGCUUCCUGGAGACAGACCUCCGCCACAGCCCGGUAGCAGCGCAUGCCACCAGUGGCCAGAAGUACCGCAAGAUUGUCAAGAAGGUCGCUAUCAGUAUGAUGAUCCGGGCAGAGUCGUUCACAAAGUUUUUGCAAGCUAUGAAGCCCGAACAUGUGCGGUUAUCCAUCCACCCGUCUAGCGGUAACGUCAAACUGUCUAUUCCCCUGAUUGUCCAAGGAUCUGGUGACUUCCCCAAGUCGCCGUGGCAUAGCUCCAUUGCUGUGGCUCUUGACGGGACUUACACUACUGUCCACUCCAAGGCCGUGCGUGAUACGCACCGAUUGAUGUACAAGGACGGACGGCCGUACUUCUACCGGGAGAAGUCCGAACUGUGGGAUUGGGAGGAUGAAGAUGUUGUCUUCGAGGCGCAGUAUCCGAAUACCAUGCUUCUUUACCCUAGGGCAGGCAUUAAGAAGUCGCUUACCGAGGAGCAGUUGGAUAAGGUAAAACAGUUGAGGGGUGUACACAAGGGUCCUGUCAAGGUGAUCGGAUUUGAGAAUGCAGCAGCAGGAGCAGCAUAA